GGCGCCGUAGCACAAAGCUCCUCUGCUGUUGUGGGAUAACUGUCGAGCUAAGUUGUUCUUCUGUCGCCCUCAGAUGGCUUUUGCUGGAUAGAGUGAUUAUCUACACGACAUUAGGUGUCUUAACAACACAUGACAUGCACUACCUGAAUAUCGUGAGCGCUUAGAUCUUCACAGUGCGCUUUUAUCCUUUAGGAAAAGCAGCGAGUUUUCUGCUGCUAAUCUUGCUAACAGUCAGAGUUUUAGUGAUGGCUUUGACUCAGAGAUGACCUGCCGCCCUUAACACACAGAUAUCUCCCCCAGACACUCACACUAGAGGCUCCUCGCAGGGUUGAUCCAUGCUUUCUGAUGAGCUCGACUCCAAACCAGAGCUGCUGGUGCAGUUUGUCCAGAAUGCAUGCAUCCCGCUGGUGCAGAGCCUGGAGGAUUCAGAGUCCAAACACUCGUGCCUGCCGCUGCUGGCUCCAGCCGAGAGCCCUCUGUGUCCUCCGCUGGAGCUCACAGGUGCAAGCCUGAGCCAUGAGACGUCCCCGUCCCUGUCAGAGUUUGGGGGGGUGUCAGCGCAGAGCACGCUGGUGGUCCAGGCGCACUCUCAAGCACGGAGUUCCCCGAGCCCCCCGGCCAUCCUGCACGACCUACAGCAGCCCGACAGCACUUCCUACAUCCUGCUGAACCUCGCCAAAGGCAUCACAGCCUCUUCAGAGUCCCUGAUCUUCACCGCAGACGGCGCUGGAGAGGAUGAAGAUGAGGGGGUGUCGUCGUCGGGGGACUACGGCAUAGACGGCAGCGCUCCCUGGUAUCUGCGGGUGCAGGAGCUGGCGCACGACAGCCUGAUUGCUGCCACACGGGCACAACUUGCAAGAGAUGCCAAGGCCAGCCAGGACGCCAGGGCUGCGAGCAACAGCAACGGUGACCACACACACACUUUGGCAGCAGACGGGGAAAAGCGAGAGCUGCCUCCUCGUACCAGCCGACCCCUCUCCAAGCAGGUCCUGCGUUGCUCAUUUGAGGGUUGCUGCAGGACGUUCACCUGGCCGGCACAUCUUAAAUAUCACCUCAAAACACACAGGAAUGACCGGAUGUUCAGGUGCGGCGCCGAGGGCUGCGGGAAGAGCUUCUACGUUCUGCAGAGGUUACAGGUCCACAUGAGGACUCACAACGGCGAGAAGCCGUUCAUCUGCAAAGAGUGUGGCAAGAAGUUCACCACCGCCGGAAACCUGAAGAACCACAGACGCACGCACACAGGAGAGAAGCCUUUUCUGUGUGAGGCGGAUUGUUGCGGGCGGUCCUUUGCAGAGUAUUCCAGUCUACGAAAACACAUGCUGGUUCAUUCUGGAGAGAAGCCUCACGUGUGUGGGAUCUGUGGGAAGACUUUCUCUCAGUCCGGCAGCAGAAACGUCCACAUGAGGAAGAGACACGGAGACGAGGGGCUCAGCGGGGAAGGCAGAGAAACAGGAGAGGCUUUGACACAAAGCAGCCUGCUGGAGGCAGACGGUGAGAAUGAAGGCGGUAUGGUCACCAUGACAACAGCUGUGGAACCAAUGAAUCUCCAUCAUGCCAUGCUGAGAUCACCAGGUGCUGCAGACUCCGUGGUCGUCCUCUCUCAGCCACACGAGUUGGUGACCAUGACAACAGAAGGCCAUGCUUAUGGAGAUGAUGUGGUUGCCCUGCUUUAGUCUCCCAUCGUGAGAAACAUCACACCGCCUACUUCAGCAACGCUGGACUGACUCAUAGUGGACUAAAACACACAUUGCUUGUAAAAAAAAAAAAGAUUAAACAGACUUUAACAUUUGUAGAUAUUUGUAAAUUAGCAUCUAAUGAUUUAUUUUGACAAGUGAGCAAAUGCAGAAUUUGUACAAGCAACAUUUUUUUUUUGAAAAAUACUUCCAAAGAUACAAUGAGACGGGUUCAAAGAUACUGACAUUAUGUACCAGUGUGUUAUCUUCAUUGUUAUAGUUAACGCAAGUUUGAGGUGAUAAUGGAAAAAAAAGUGUACCUGAAACUUCAACUGCUGAUCUGACUGUCAAGUUUUAAUGUGUGUAAUGUAUGAUAUUAAUGAAACUUGACAUUAAAAACUGCUGAAGUACA